AUGAAUACGAAAGGUUUUGAUGGACAUACACCAGAAACAAAAUGUCAUGUACAGACUCCACAAGAACAAUCAGAGAGGGAAACAUAUUCAAAGGAAGUAAGAAAUCAGGAAUGGCAGUGCGACAAAUCAGUUGUUGAAUGUGUCCAUUAUAUGCUGACCAAUCAAAUUGCUUGUGAUGUUUCCAUCUUUAUUGGUCCUGAAAAAUUUGAAGUCAAGGCACACCGAUUCAUUUUAAUUGCUAGAAGCCCAGUGUUUUUCGACAAACUCCGAUCCUGCACUGCAUCUGAAGAGUUCCGCUACAAGGUGAACGUACCCAACGUUGAAGUGGAUACCUUUCAGAGAUUUAUUCGAUACCUCUACACCGACGAAGUUGAUAUCAAUCUAGAAUCAGCUAUGUCAUUAUUGCCUGUUGCCAGACGGUUUCGAGUCAACCAUCUUGUCCAGCUCUGCUUGAGGUUGCUAAAUGACGAAGUUGAUGCUCAUAAUGUUUCUUAUUUAUUAGAUCAAGCAAUCUUAUCACACGCCAUAACAAUGCGCGACAGGGCCAUGGAAAUCAUCAAUAAGUCUACAAGAGAAUGUCUGAAAUCAGAGGCUUUUUGUAAUAUUUGUUCAGAAGCACUUGAAUACAUAUUGAAAUCAGACGACCUGAAUAUUUCAGAACAAGAGUUGUACGAAUGUUGUUUGAAAUGGUCAUCUACACAGUGUCUCAAGAAAUCUUUAGAAAUCACAGACGAAAAUAUUCGGGAUCAGUUAGGUGAAUGUAUUCAUCAGAUAAGGUUUACACUUAUGCCAAAAGAUUACUUUCAACAUGAAAUAUUUGGCAGAAAAAUCCUUAGUGAUGAAGAGAAGACAGAUAUAAUUGAAUGCAUAACAGACGGAAGUCCAAAGAAUUCAGUCUUAAAAUUCAAUCGAAACUUACGAAAGACAACCGAAUAUUUCCGAGUUCUUCGAUUUGAGAAACUCGACAAAAAGUUGAAAGAACACACUGGUCGACCAGAUGCCAUCAUGUUUGAGACUUCAAAGCCUUUAUGGUUUCAUGGGGUGGCUCUGUUUGGUUCCUACAUUGAACAAACUAUAAAUGUCCAUCUAGAGAUUUCCGACAGCAGAAAUAACGUUAUCAGGGCCCUCGGUCUGGCUUUCCAAAGCACCGAGUCUGAAGAAAUGUAUGAUGUACUUCUACCUAUCCCUUUUGAAACAAUUGCUGGAGCACGAUACAAUGUUGUGGUUAUUGCUGUCGGAAAAUUUCGCCACAUGUAUCGAGGUGUCGAAGGAAAAAGAGAACUGACAUUCAAAGACACCCAAAUCACCUUUUUUGAAUCAGGAAAUUCGUCAAAUGGAACCACAGUUAGCGAGGGACAGAUCCCUGGAUUUCUCUUAUCAUGA